AUGCCCGCGGUAACAACGGCUGCUGCAGGGCCAGAAUCCGAUCAGGACGAUGGCAUCCAGUCGGAAGACUGGCCAGAAGAAAUCAAUGAGCCACAUUCAAAUCAGAGUAGCGAUCGGUUGCUAUUUGACGGCGAUGGACUGAGUACUGGCGUUCGAGUUUUAGGCGAUGGAAGGCUCGAUAUUAAGAUUAACGAGAGAAAACCCAGUAUCGCAGGGCUCCUUCAACUCCAGCGCACACCUAUACCUUCUGAACUCGAGCACAUCCAUGAAAAGGAUAGCGCAGCAGCCAUCCCAAAAGAGGACGGGAAACAUUUUCCACUGCAUCUCAAUAUCGUCAUUCAAGUGAUUGGAUCCCGCGGAGAUAUCCAGCCAUUCGUAGCCCUCGGAAAAGAACUCAAGGCGUAUGGACACCGGGUCCGACUAGCAACCCACUUCGCCUUCCGGGAAUUUGUGCUAGAUGGUGGGCUCGAGUUCUUCAAUAUUGGUGGAGAUCCCGCCGAGUUGAUGGCAUUUAUGGUCAAAAAUCCCGGACUCCUGCCUAAUGCCAACACAAUCCGAACUGGGGCAAUCCAGAAGCGCCGACGAGAAAUGAGGGAGAUAAUUAAUGGUUGCUGGAAAUCUUGUUAUGAAACGGGCGAUGGAACGUAUCUGCAUCAAAUCAAGGAGGAUCCGUGGAGUGACACCAUCGACUAUCGCCGGCGGCCAUUUGUUGCCGAUGUCAUUAUAGCGAACCCCCCAAGUCUCGCCCAUAUUCAUUGCGCCCAGCGACUGGGUAUACCUCUUCACAUAAUGUUUACGAUGCCUUGGUCCCCAACACAGUCAUUCCCACAUCCUCUUGCCAUUCUUCACGGUCGAGAUUGUAGACCAACUGUCGCCAAUUUUGUCUCCUACGCAAUUGUUGACAUGAUGGUUUGGGAGGGCCUUGGUGAUAUAGUGAACAAAUUCCGCAGGAAUAGCCUAGCAUUGGAUCCACUGGAUAGCAUCACUGCACCCAGUUUAAUUCAACGGUUGGAGAUACCUUGCUCGUAUAUGUGGUCUCCCGCUGUUCUUCCCAAACCAGCCGAUUGGGGCGAUCAUAUUGAUAUUUGUGGAUUCAGUUUCCUGCCCUCCAAGCCAGACUAUACACCACCUGAUGAGAUUGCAGCGUUUCUGAGGACAGGGCCAACCCCGAUAUACGUUGGUUUUGGAUCUAUCGUUGUUGAUGAUCAGAUUAAACUCACAAAAAUCGUUUUUGAGGCGGUGCAAAAGUCAGGUCAACGAGCAAUUAUUUCCAAAGGAUGGGGAAACCUUGGAGUCGAUGAAAUUGACGUGCCAGACAAUAUUCUAGUCAUUGGGAGCUGUCCACAUGACUGGUUAUUCAGACAGGUUUCUUGUGUGAUCCAUCACGGCGGUGCAGGAACCACUGCUGCAGGCUUAGCGCUUGGACGACCGACUAUUAUUGUGCCUUUUUUCGGCGAUCAGGAAUUCUGGGGAGGAAUUGUCGCAAGAGCUGGGGCGGGCCCGCCUCCUAUCCCUCACAAACAGUUGACAGUGGAUAGGUUGAGUGCUGCAAUUGAUUUUUCUCUGAAGAAAUCGACUCAAGAAAAAGCGCAGGAAAUUUCAAAAAAGAUGGAAAAAGAAUCUGGUGUUCAAGAUUGUGUUCGGAGCUUUCACCGACAGCUCAACCUACGGCCGCUUAAAUGCGCCAUUUGUCCUACUCGCCCCGCUGUUUGGCAUCUAAAGCACACAGACAUUGGGCUCAGUGCCUUUGCAGCUACGGUAUUGGUUGAGAUGGGCAGACUGAAACCAGAAGUCUUGGUCCUAAAUCGUCCAGUGGAAUAUGACACGUAUCGUGACCCAGUCGGACCUAUCAGUGCCAGUGCUCAAGUGCUUUUCGGCGCCAUUUCAAACUUUGUCACAGGACUUGGAAACGUCCCGGUUGAGGUAAUUGGGGAUCUUGUCUCUGCCGGGAAAGCCUUAAGCCACCCACCAGAGCGUUGUCAUGCCCGGUCGAAAUGGCGAAUGCGCGAGUCACAUCGAGACGAUGAGCUUGAGAGUGAAGAGGAAGAAAAUGACGAUUAUAACGAAACUGCUGAAUCGCACGCCUCCGAUCCCGCCUCCGAGGAGCUUCCAGAUGAAGAAGAUGGUGACAGUGACAUGGUCGACGAACAAGAUGAUGACAGAGAUACGAUUGAUGACCAGCAAGAUGACCCCGUCACGGGAGAUUUAUUCGCUGAUCAAGUUCCAGAUCGAAGACGCAGCCUGCAACUCGAGAAGGCACAGACAAUGGGCAGCGAAAUCAAUCCUCCAGAGUCAUACUCUACCCUCCGGGAGGCGGCAAGUCAAGGCAGUAUAAUGUCAAAGAAGUUCCUCAAUCUGGUCAUAUGGCUUCCGACGGAUGUCUCACUCAGCCUCUCUAAAGGAUUUCAUAAUGCACCGAAAUUGUAUCAUGAUCCAAUGGUAAAGUCCACACCAAAGGUACAUGGCCUUCGGAGUGGGUUCAGAGCAGCUGGCCAGGAAUUCCGAGAUGGAUUUUAUUAUGGAAUAACGGGUCUCGUUACACAACCUCGAUAUGGGUUUAAACAAACAGGAACUUCGGGGAUGAUAAAAGGGGUUGGGAAAGGUGUGGGAGGAGUCUUCUUGAAACCACCAGCCGGUCUUUGGGGACUGGCAGGAUACCCCCUGAGUGGAUUGCGGCGAAAGCUACUAGAUUCUUUGGGGAAGUCGCAGUCAUGCCGAAUCGUGUCUUCUCGCAUAGCCCAAGGACACGAAGAGAUGCGGGAAUCAUCGGCCGAGGAGAGAGCGGAGGUUGCCAGAAAGUGGAUUUUAAUGGAAGAAACGCUUCAGAACAACAAGCGGUGGUCAUUACAAUCCAAUAAUUAA